AUGCUGUCCUCGAGCUCCGCUUCCUGCCCGGCCGGGGUCAGCCAGGGCGGAGGGGGGUCCGCGAGGGGACCGGAGGGGGCAAAAAAGGGGGCCCGUCGCCCUGUAACCUUCCAGGCCCAGCCAGAAGCCCCCGAGCCCCCACCUCACGUGAAGCGGCCGGCCCGGCGGCGAAACAGCCAGGUGACCGUCAGAUAUGACCGGGGGCAACUGCAGCGUUGGCUGGAGGUGGAGGAGUGGGUGGAUGCCAGGCUGCGGGAGUUGUACCAGGAGAUGCCUGAUGAUUCGGAGCCAGAGAUUGACCUGGAAGCACUGAUGGAGCUGCCCAGAGAGGAGCAGAAGGUUCGGCUGCAGGGACUUCUCAGCAAUUGUUCGCGGCCCACGGAGGAGUUCAUCUCGGGGCUGCUCAGCCACCUCAAGAAACUCCGGCCACUCAAUCAGCCUCAGAAGUACAGCGACGCUUGACCCACCCCGAAGUCGUCGGGACCAACCCUGCCCACCGCUCCAAACGGGACAUACAUCCAGGACACACGUGACGGGGGAUGUGGGGUCUUCGGAAGAUGGUAUGGUACCCCUGGGGGCUGCCAGGGACCCCCUAAGGGAGAGAAUGAAAGUGGGUGUGUGUUUUGGGGGGGUGUUUCUGGGCAAUGUGAACCCCAGGAAGCCCGAAUGGCCACCUGUACAACGAUAAAGCCUAGAAGGGUUGCACCUGUGUUGUA